AUGGCGGACUCGUCGAAGGAGAAAGAGGAGCAGGCCCGCAAGGCUCACGCGCUCGCCCUCGCCGGCAACGUCUUGGCCGCCAAGAUGUGGAUGCAGUCCACGCACCCGCGACUGGUACGACGUGGCCUAAAGCCCGGCGGUCGCGCCAACGCCCUCACCCACGAUGACAUCAAGAAACAGCACCGGCGGCUCUGCCUCCUCGUGCACCCGGACAAGAACCCCAGCGCCGCGGCCGACGGUGCGUUCAAGCUCAUCCAGGCCGCCUGGCACGCGCUCUUAGCCAACCACCCUCCUCUCGGCACCGCGGUGCCCGCGCCGCCGCCGCCGCAGCGCCAGGCAGCACCACCACCGAGGCCGCCGCCGGAGCCGCAACCGAGGCCGUGGCACCGGAGACCGGCACCGCAGGCGACGCCGAGACCUGCAGCGCCGAGGCCACCAACCUACUACCCGAAGCCAGCGAAGCCGAAGCAGAAGAGCAAAUGCCCAGCCUGCGGCGGGCAGACCAUUAACGGCAGGAACAACGCGCCGACCCUUGUCGGCAGGAACAAUUACCGGUGCAUGAGCUGCCUGUGGAGCCCCAAGGACGGCAGGCAUGAGCCGCAUGAAGAGGACUGCGACGACUACGACUUCGAUUAG